AUGACCUGUGACAACUUGAGAAAUAAAUUUGAAGGAUAUUAUGAUGUUGAUGCGUGCCAUAACAAUAUAACCGAUAGAUGCCCACCAAAUCUUUGGGACCCAAAUAAUUUGUGUAAUGGCGGUUAUUAUUCUUGUGGACAUAGAACAAGUAUUAUGACUGCAUUCUGUUCUUUGUAUGCAUCUCAGGCUGUAAAACAGUAUUUGAAUGUUACAUAUACAAUAACUAAUGGAUCAGUUGUGAAUGCGAUUGCUGUUGCGGAUUUUGGCACGGAUAUUAAUGGAGAAAAUUCUGAUCGAACGAAUAUGAUUUUUGGAAAAACAAAUAUUAAAUGUUAUUAUAAUGUUGAGACUGGAAAAAGUCCCAUUCGUUUUUGGGAACAUCCGGUAAUAGAUGUUCUUAAACUUGGAAUGAUCAUUUAUAUUUUAUCAGGAUUUUUGAAUUUGAUUAUUCCUUUUUGCACGUAUACUAUUUAUACAGAAAAUGAUUUUGAAACCGAGAAAAGAAAAAAAAAUUCUAUAAUUGUUUAUCAAAGCUUUAGCAAAUAUUGUAUCGAUCCAAACUUUAUCGAAGAUUUGAAUGAACCACCACCAUAUGAUAGCAUAUUUAAGGUUUAA